GAGCAUCGUUGGAACAUCGCUCGAGCUUCUGACCCGCUGCCGGCUGAUCCUCUCCCUUGCUGUCGCUAAGGCCGGGAGACAGCGGGGGUGGAGGUCGUAGAGGGCCGGCUGCCUGGGUAGCGGGAAACCGGCUUCUCACUCAGAUCGAAGCCCUGGACUCCGCCGGCCCGGAGCGGAAAAGCGUGUCCACUGCCAGCCUGAUGCUCUUCGAGGCGUUGUGCUGCUCCUGGGUGGGAAAUACGUACACCUUUAUCUAAGCUAUCGCUCCAGCCAGUGAUUGUUCUUACCGCUUGAGACAGACUAGAUGAAACAGGCCAAAGCCCCCGCCAGCCAGGCGUGCCAGUGUUAGGGCCCUGUGGUUCUGGCAGGGCGAAGACCCGCUUCUCCGAGCUUACCGAUUUUCUCCUCUGGUUUCAACAUCUGCCUCGUGAAAGGACAUAAUAAUAAGUGGAGCGGACGCAGCCUGCCGGCUCUGGCUAGCCAGGACCCACUAGCUCUGCUUUGUGGCCCAUGUGCCGCAGCCUCUGCCCUCAGUGUGCAGCUGGCCCCAACGCAAUGUGUGUUUGUCAAACCAUGGAAGUGGGGCAGUACGGCAAGAAUGCAGGUCGGCCCGGAGACCGGGGAGUUCUCCUCGAGCCCUUCAUCCACCAGGUGGGCGGCCACAGCAGCAUGAUGCGCUAUGAUGACCACACUGUGUGCAAGCCCCUCAUCUCCCGGGAGCAGCGCUUCUACGAGUCCCUCCCUCCGGAAAUGAAGGAGUUCACCCCUGAGUACAAAGGCGUGGUAUCUGUAUGUUUUGAGGGGGACAGCGAUGGUUACAUCAACUUGGUGGCCUACCCUUAUGUGGAAAGUGAGACUGUGGAGCCAGACGACACGCCAGAACGGGAGCAGCCGCGGCGCAAACACUCCCGCCGGAGCCUGCACCGGUCAGGCAGCGGCAGUGACCACAAGGAGGAGAAAGCCAGCCUGUCCCUAGACACCUCUGAGAGCUCCCAGGAGGCCAAGAGCUCGAAGGUGGAGCUGCACAAGGUGGAGCCGCAUGGCCACUCCGACGUCCCCUUCCAGAUGCUGGACGGCAACAGCGGCCUGAGCUCCGAGAAGAUCAGCCACAACCCCUGGAGCCUGCGCUGCCACAAGCAGCAGCUGAGCCGCAUGCGCUCCGAGUCCAAGGACCGCAAGCUCUACAAGUUCCUCCUGCUGGAGAAUGUGGUGCACCACUUCAGGUACCCCUGUGUGCUGGACCUGAAGAUGGGCACCCGGCAGCAUGGCGAUGACGCGUCGGCUGAGAAGGCCGCCCGGCAGAUGAAGAAGUGCGAGCAGAGCACGUCUGCCACGCUGGGCGUCAGGGUCUGUGGCAUGCAGGUGUACCAGCUGGACACAGGGCACUACCUGUGCAGGAACAAGUACUACGGCCGAGGGCUCUCCAUCGAGGGCUUCCGCAAUGCUCUCUACCAGUACCUGCACAACGGCCUGGACCUGCGGCGAGACCUCUUUGAGCCUAUCCUGAGCAAACUGCGGGGCCUGAAGGCCGUGCUGGAACGGCAGGCUUCCUACCGCUUCUACUCCAGCUCCCUGCUAGUCAUCUAUGACGGCAAGGAGUGCCGGGCCGAGUCCUGCCUGGACCGCCGGUCUGAGAUGCGUCUCAAGCACCUGGACAUGGGGCUCCCUGAGGUGGCCUCCCCAUGUGGCCCCAGCCCCAGCCCCAGCAGCACCAGCCCUGAGGUGGGCCCUGCCCCUCCACCCAAGGUGGACGUCCGCAUGAUUGACUUUGCACACAGCACGUUCAAGGGCUUCCGGGAUGACCCCACCGUGCAUGACGGGCCGGACAGAGGCUACGUGUUUGGCCUGGAGAGCCUCAUCAGCAUCAUGGAGCAGAUGCGGGACGAGAACCAGUAGGCCCCGUUCUGGGCCCCAGAACCCCUCCUCUCCACCCGCAGGCAGGGACCAUUGCUCGGGCCUCGCUGUGAGGACACACAGACUUGCUUUUAAAGGGUUAUAUUUCUCUUUGGUGUAAACUAAAAGAAAUGUUUUUAGCUGUAGCCUGGAAUCCAUAUAUAUAAAGCGGAGGAGGGCAGCACACGUGUCCUUUCAGGCAGGCUCCGUAGCUCUGCGGCUCUGCCUGCUGUGUCCAGCCGGCUUAGGAAGGAAGAGGCGCCCCUGGUGGGCCUGGUAGCAGGACAGAGUGCCCUUGGACAUUGGUUUCUCUUGCCUGGGUCUUUGGGGUCUGUGGCUGAAGGGCCCUGCUGACUGUAGGGUGAAGCCCUGGCCUGGCACGGGGCACCUACAUGCCCAGUUACUCCUUGUUCCUCUGAGGUAGGUGCCCAUCUAUGGGGGGUGUUCCUGUCUUGGGUGUUAGGCAGCUGUUUAACUGAAGCCCCCAGGGCACUACAGGGCUGACUCCCGGAGCUGGGCCUUCUUCCUCAGUUCCGACCUCGGCCUGGGGCUGGAUUCAGGAAGCUGGGCAGAAACAGCUCAUGGCAGAUGGCAGGCCCUGAACUCCCCGGCCACCCAUUGGCACCUCCUCUGCCCACCUCCACAGCCAGCCAGCCUCUCUCAUCAAGAUCCAUUGCUUAAGAAGGCCACCCUCUCCUGCCCUGCUGAAGGGGUACAGCUCUGCUGAGGAGUCGGCGGCCCGGCCGGCCUCAGGGCAUUGGCUGGCUCUGGCCCAGACAGUGUUUGCAGCUCUUGUGCUGUGGUGGGAGGCCUCCUCCCGUGUGUAGGCAGCUGCGCUGCCCCGGGACGCGCUGCCCCUUCAGGACUGCAGGCCUGGUCUGCUCACGGUCUUGUUUCCCCAGGCCCAGCGCAAGGCAGCAGCCCGGCCCGCUGUGAGAUGCUCCAGGGCCUGGGCCUGGAGGGUGAAUUGAAAGCUGCUCUGCUCAUAGGCACAUGGGCCCUGGGUGCAGUGGCCCCGAUUCCACUAAUGAGAGCCUUGUCUAAUCAGUCCUGGGGUCUGUCUGCUUGUCCGUUUGCCCACUGCCCACCGUUCUCCCGGGCUCUUCCCCUGGGGUAUUCCCGUGCUCAUUCGUCCGUCUCGAUCGCCUUGGCCUAAUACCACCUCCCGUUUCUGAGGUGAGCUUUUGCCCCCUGUGCCCUUCCUCAGCAGGUGCUGCCUUUUUAUAAAGGCCUGGAAGCAGGACGGAUUGGAGCUGGUGUUUCCCCGCUGGCCCAGCACCCUUUCCGUGGGCCUGGGGUGUGGCCCCUCUGCACUGACCCUCCCUCUGCCAAGGCUUGUCAUUUUUGCUGCCGGCUCUUAGUGGCACAGAGACCUGCUGCCUUUAACACAGGUGGCUGAUACAUGGCACUGCAUCCAACCAUUGCUGAGGUUGGCACCCUCUCCUCCAAGCCUAGGGCCACUGUCAUUGUCACUUUUGGCAUGUCCCUGUUUGGGCAUUAAAAGUAAAGCCUGCCAGGCGUAUCUGUGAGAGGCUUUGGUAACUGAUGGACUGAUUGCCCAAUCUUCGGAGUUGCCGCCUCUUACACGGGCUCCUUGAUGGGUCCCAUCUCAGCUUCUGACGCAGGUGCCAGGGGUGGGCAGGUUCCCACCCCGUGGGGCUGGGAGGGGCAGCUGGCCUGUGUGUCGGUAGUGACCAUCUCUCCUGUCUCAUUCUGUGGCUUCAGCCAUAGGGGCAGCAGCUCUUGGUUAGUGUAGUCGUUCCCUGGCAGGGUGGAGGAGACGAAGGGCCUGGGGCCCCUUAGAACCUCCUGGGGAUGUGCUGUGGCACCCUAGUGCCUAGAUUCUGGGAGCAGAUGCUGCCCUGUUCGGCUGCUCUUCAUAGCUGGGGUGUCUGUACCCACUUACAUUCAGUAUUUUACUGUCACUGAACAGUGGAAGGGCCUGGGAUCUGCUGCUUGCCCAGGACAGGGCCCCUGUUUUCAGCACUUCGACACCUGGAGACCCAGUCUUGGCUGACGGCCGCUGGGCAAGAGUACAGGAGUGUGCGCCCUUUCUGCCACUGUUCUUUUUUCCUGACAGCCCUGCCCCUGUCAGGCCCUCCUUCCCAGCCCCAACUUGGGACCAAAGUGCAACGUGGGAUCAUGGGUUGGGGCGCUCAAGAGACCCCUCUCUGUAAUGUUUCCCUGGGCCAAGCCGACACCAGCCCCCAGGGAAUGGGGUGGGAGGGGCGGUGCUUAAAGAGGAAGGGGACCAGUGUAGCAACUUGCCAGGGACCCCAGCCCUGCCUCUGUGGGCCUGUGCAGUGGGCGUGGGGGUUCCCACCAACGGGCCAGGAGGCUGGGCUAGUUCAGUAGUCGCUGCUCAUUCGCUCACACCUGGCCACGUGCACGUUCCCUAGAUGCAGAUUGCUUUUGAACUUUAAAAGCUGUACAAUUUGGUUAUGUUUGUGUCGAUUUAAAAAACAUUUUAAUGAAAAACAUGGAGAACCCCAGGAAGGACCUGGUUCUUUUGCUUCUUGGGGAACUGUAAGACCUCGCCUUCUGGGAAUAGCUCUCUGCCCCUCUUUUCCUGGAAGCUAAGUCUGUCCACACCGCCCGAGGCUUGCGCCCGGAUACUGCCCGUGGCUCCAGCCCCAUCUAGGCCUAGUUGCGUUUUCUUGGGACCUUGCGUGUGAGGGAGGGGGUGGUCGGGCGGUCCCGCCCCUUUCUGUACACCUAGCGCUGCCCACCCGCUUGUAUCUGAGGUCGUGUAUGUCAAAAUAAAGCCUCUAGAAACUUGA